AUGUGUGAUGGUAGCAAUGAUGCUGUAGAAGAAUACUAUUUCAACAAAAGCGUAGCCGGGACUGGUGGCCAGGAGAACUGGAAUAAGCAGUUAGCAACCCAAGUGUAUUCAAGAAGUUUACAACCAGAAAUAUUACCAACCUUAAAGCCUCUUUCUUGUAAUAAAGAGAGGACCAAUUCAGAAAAAAGAAUCUCAGAAGGAGAACAGAUAAAUGGAAAACGUAAGAGAAGAGAUUAG